AUGGGUAAGUAGGUACUGAGCCAACUGAGCACCUAAGUGUUUAACAAUAUUCAAUAUCAGUAAACGUCAAAAAUUGUUUACAAAAUUUCAAGAUUAUGGUUUCAAUCUGGGUUUUCAAAAAAAAAUUAAUGUGAUCAGAAUUAAAAGAAAUAAAGCAAAGUAAUCCAAAAAACUGGCUUCUUUAUAAUGACAGAACCAGAAAUUGUUGAAGAUUUCUAUGGCGUAUACCUGCUUUAUUGUAUAAACCCUAAAUAUAAAGGUCGUACCUACAUUGGUUACACUCGGGACCCAAAUAGAAGAAUUAUACAACAUAACCGUGGCACCUGGGCUGGGGGAGCUUAUAGAACUAGUAAAAGGGGACCAUGGAAAAUGGUUAUGAUUGUGCAUGGAUUUCCAAAUAACAUUUCAGCAUUGAGGUUUGAAUGGGCCUGGCAGAACCCAGGCAAGACAACAAGAUUACAACACCUGGGGUUGUUUAAGAAUGGUCGGAAGGAAACUGUGUUCCAGUUCAAAUUACGAGUCCUCAGUGAGAUGCUCAGAGUGGGGCCUUGGUGCCGUCUGCCAUUGGUCAUAAGAUGGCUGGAAAAUGAUUUCAGGGAAGAGUUUCCAGAAGAAAGGAUGCCUCCUGAACACAUGAUUAUAUGCCAAGGCCCUGUAAAGAGUCGUAAUCUUAGAAACACAACAAACACCUCAUCACCUGACAUAAUUUGUCGUUUAUGUUCUGGACGUUUGAAAGCCUCAGAGCAACUGAGCUGUCCGAACUCAAAUUGUGACUUAGUCGCUCACAUAACAUGCUUGGCGGACAAGAUGUUGCCUCCAGGAGAAUAUAUACCAAUUGAUGGUAAAUGUCCGCUAUGUUAUUUGAAGCUGAAGUGGGGAGAUUUGAUAAGAAAAAUGAAAGGUUGCUUGGACGCUGAUAUUAAUGAUGUAUUAAGCCAGAAUAAGGUUUUAGAGGACUGUGGUAACUUUGUCAAUUAUGACGUAAUGGAGUCAUCUAAUGAUGAUGACGUAUAUACUCAAGAUGAUUUAUCAUUAAGGGCUAGUGAUUCGUUAAAUGGUGAUAUAAGAGAUUCUGAUGGUGAAAACGAAGACCAGGACGUCAUUCGGAUCCCAACACACGUUCUGGAUGAACCGUCCUGGUUUACAGACUGUCAAGAUGAUAUAAUAAAUAUGUAAUAAAUCAUUUUUUUUUAAGCAAAAAUCGAGAA